AUGGCCGCGCCUUCGAAUCUUUCCAAGCGACAUUAUGGAUCGAAUGCGACAUACAACCCUUUCGAAUACUCGCGAGGACUAGCGGGUGUGAAUGUUUCCCUAGAUGUGAUAAUCACAAGGGUCAUCUAUUUGUCAGUCAUAGGUUUUGCGUUUGUCUUGUUCUGCGGUCGAAUCGCACAAAUUAGCCAUGCAUAUCUUCGCCAAGUCACCGCGACUUCGUCAAAUCGAAGAGAGCAAAAGUUCUGGAGCCUCGAACAGUCGACAUGGUGGCCCUGGGUGAAAAAGCAUAUUAUGUAUGCACCUUUAGGGAAAAAGAGGCAUAAUCGGGAGAUCCAGCUUUCGUCUGCCAUCAGCGUGGGCACAUUGCCUUCUCGGUUUCAAACUAUUCUGAUAUCCCUUUAUUUGACAAGUCAAGUCGUGUAUUGUCUGUUCUUAGACUACGCUGCAAACGAAAAAGCUGCCCUGGUGGCGGAACUCCGUGGACGAUCAGGGACACUGGCGGUCCUGAACAUGGUUCCACUCUUCUUGCUUGCCUCGCGCAACAAUCCUUUAAUCUCUAUCUUACACAUCAGCUUCGAUACCUACAAUCUUUUGCACCGCUGGCUUGGUCGCAUUGUCGCUCUGGAGACUGUCGUCCACACAGCCGCGUGGGCAGUCAACGCGGUUGAUGAACAAGACUUCUCAGACAUGCUCAGACGCCUAAGAACCACGCCUUUCUUUUCAUGGGGCCUUCUAGGAACAGUCGCGAUGGUAUGCCUUGCGCUGCACUCUCCGUCGCCUCUCCGCCAUGCUUUCUACGAGACAUUCCUCCAUCUCCACCAACUCUUUGCCUUCUUAGCUUUUCUGGGAGUAUACAUCCACCUUCAGAUCGACGCCCUACCGCAGAAACCCUGGAUCAUAGCUAUUCUCGUGAUCUGGGUCGUUGAGCGCAGCACAAGGCUCCUUCGCAUUCUCUACCUCAAUGUCUCAACUACGAAUGGGCUCACGAACAUGACAGUUGAAGCUCUCCCUGGCGAAGCUUGCAGAGUAACCUUCCACCUCCCGAAUCGCGCAUCAGUGCCAUCCGGCAGCCAUGUGUAUGCCUACAUCCCCAAAGUGUCAUGGUGGAUGACCCAUACAACACAUCCCCCCACCCAACAGACCUCUCCCCUGAUUAUCAGCGCCCGCGCAGGGAUGACCCGUCGCCUCUACAACCUCGCUAACGCCCGACCAUCCCACACCCUCGCAACAAAAGGCUUUAUCGAAGGCCCUUACGGUUCCCAUCCCGCCAAUGCCCCCAGCUACGGCACAACUGUUCUCUUCUCUGCUGGUGCAGGCAUCACACAUCACCUCUUGUACACGCGCGAGCUCGUCAUGCGCGCAGCAUCCGAAACAGCAGCUACCCGCCAGGUGUAUUUGAUCUGGAGUGUGCGCUCCACAGAUCACCUAACAUGGGUUGGCAAAUGGAUGGAUGAGAUCCUGAGGCUACCGAUGAGGCGAGAUAUUCUGGUCGUAAAGUUGUUCGUCUCGAAACCAAGACGACCAGGGGAUAUUGUGAGCCCGUCUGCGACGGUGCAGAUGCUAUCUGGGAGAUGCAAGCCAGAUAUUAUUCUUGAUGAGGUCUUGCCAGGGAGAGUCGGUGCAACGCUUGUUUCUGUAUGUGGACCUGGGGCUUUUGCGGACGAGGUGCGGGCCGCCGCGAGGGGGAGAAUCGGGAAGGGUGCUGUAGUAGAUUUUGUGGAGGAGGCCUUUACGUGGUGA